AAAGAACGUGGAAAACGAAAACAGGCUGCUAGAUGAAAAGUUUUGAAACUUUUGUGAAAAAUGUGAAAAUUUCUUUUCUUUUGGGAAAAGUUUAUCAGUGCUAAAAAUGUACGAUUAUUUUUGAUUGGAAAAUGGACUCGCUCCCAGUCGAUUUGACUGCAUUUCUAGGUAGGGGUACAGAGUUUGUGUCAGGCAUCGACAACGAAGGCAUAGAUUUUUCCCAGCUGGAAGAUUUCAUCAACAAUGACGGCAACAACACACAAAACUUUACAUUCGGCGACCUGCCAGCUCAUCCGUCCGCAGGAAAGCUUCUCAACGUUAUAGUCGAAAAUAAACGCAACAAUAAUGGGCAUUCUUUACCGGAUAGUCCACCAGACUCUAGUUCUGAACACCCGUACAGUCCUCAAGACGGAUGCGAGGCCCCCCUAAACACUUCUGACAACAUUUAUACUAACUUGGCAACAAAUAUUUAUAAACAAGGAAUGCUCAAUCCUAUAGACAACCUUAUUUUAUCAUCACACAUUGUAGUUACAGAUCAGAAUAGUGAUGGAUUAGUUGACAAUAAUGGUCUAUUACAAGAUAACAGAUUAUUGGUUGGACAAGAUGUAAGAAAUAGCAACAAUAUUUUAAGCAGUAGAAUUAUACCAGAAAGCCUAUCUGGUCAUGGAAUUAUACUUGCUGAAAAUGUACCUGACAAUAACAGACAAAUCAUUUUACCAAAUGUCCAAUCGGAACAACAACCAGCUUUUGACCAUUCCCUGUACGAGUCGAAAGAUUUCGAGGAAGAAAAACAUAUGGUGCAUCUGACUUUCACUCCUGGCAUGGAAAAUAUGUCCAGAUCCAAUCUGGAAAGUGGCAUUGCUUUGGAAAACAAUCUGGAAAACAUUCCCACUGUUUAUACAAAUUUGCAGAGUGCGUCUAAAAAACGGAAGCUCAGUCAGGAGAGUACUAUGGUAAAAAGCGAGCCAGAUCAUUGCUCAACUUCCCAGUUGAGUCCUUCCGAGCAGUUUACGGCCUCAAUAGACGAAGAAUAUGCUUCUUCUGAGGCAUGUCUUUCUGAAUCGCAGUACCAGUGUAUUAGGUUUAAUGCCUUCCAGCAAGCCAACUGGCACACUUUGUGUGAUCAGAAUUUAACAGAACUAUCUACACCUCACUACAGAGUUGAUGCAGAUAAAGGGUUCAAUUUCUCAAACGCAGAUGAUGCUUUUGUGUGUCAGAAAAAGAAUCAUUUUCAGAUAACUUGCCACGUUCAACUUCUAGGAGACGCCCAGUUCGUGAAAACUCCUGAAGGCCUCAAAAAAAUAUCGAGUUUUCAUCUGCACUUUUAUGGAGUAAAGCACGAUUGUCCCACACAAACAAUAAGAGUGGAGCAAAGCCAGAGUGACAGAAGUAAAAAGCCUUUUCAUCCAGUUUUAGUGGAGUUAGUAAAUUCUCAAGUAACUAAAGUAACAGUUGGCAGGCUGCAUUUUAGUGAAACAACGUCGAACAACAUGAGAAAGAAGGGGAAACCAAAUCCAGAACAAAGGUAUUUCCAGUUGGUAGUAGGACUUCAUGCUCACACUACCAAUGGAAACUUCCCUAUUGUAAGCCAUGCUAGUCAAAAGAUUAUUGUUCGGGCAUCAAAUCCAGGCCAAUUUGAAAGCGACGUCGAAUUGUGCUGGCAAAAAGGACAAACACAAGAUUCGGUUUUCCAUAAUGGCAAAGUUGGAAUAAACACAGACAGACCGGACGAAUCCCUUGUAGUACACGGCAACAUAAAAAUUACAGGCCACAUUAUACAACCGUCGGAUAUGAGAGCCAAAAAGAAUAUUGUCGAACUGAAUACUGCUGAGCAAUUGAAAAACGUACAAAAGUUAAGAGUGGUCCGGUACGAGUAUGAACCGAUUUUAGCUGCCCAGCUGAGCAGGGGAAACGAGUAUACUGAUACUGGGGUGAUUGCUCAAGAAGUAGCUCAGGUUUUACCAGAAGCUGUUAAACCUGCUGGCGAUCUCAUUUUGGAGAAUGGAACUUCGAUAGAUAAUUUUUUAGUGGUGAAUAAGGAAAGAAUUUUUAUGGAAAAUAUAGGCGCGGUAAAAGAAUUAUGCAAAGUAACUGAUAAUCUGGAAACUCGAAUCGAUCAAUUAGAAAGGAUCAACAGGAGACUGAACAAACUAAAACGAGGGGAUAGCCUAAAAUCUGAUAGUACAGUGAACAGUUCAAAAAAUUCCCAUUAUUCAACUAAUUGCAAAUGUUCAAAAAGAAACAAAUGUAAAUAUUGCGAAAGGCAAGAGGCAGAACUAUGUUCGAAUAAAUUUAUACAAGUUGUUAUAGUUAUUUUAGUUCUUAUUAUGGCUUUAUGUUUGGCAGCAAUAACGACGCUUUAUUUAAUGGAAACGACCAGGCAAAGAAAUAUUUUAACCACAAACCUAGAGGCUGUACCCAAUAAGAUUUUAUCAACCAAGAAACCUACAUUGGGACCCAAAUUUCAUAAUACUUGGACUACAAAUGCACCCCAGCGAAUUACGAAUUCUUAUAUCAGAGAUGAUGAAAUCAACAAAAUAUCUCAAGAGUCCAACCCUAAACAGCAGCUUUCUCGUAUUAUCGGUAGUCCAAAUGAAUGUCAGGCUGUUAAUCAAGCUUUAGAAGAAAGUUUUUGUCAGAUCUAUUGUUGUGCGCCUCAUAAUAUUCCGCCAGUGGACCUGUCUCAGCCUUCCUACUCUGAAAAACGUCCUCCGAAUAUAAAUAGAACCAAAGGCAUCCCUCCUAUCUUUAAAGAACAACAAAACGCUCAAUCUCCAUUAGAAAAGAACAAAAUAUCGAAGCCGUUUCAUUCGAAUGAUAUCGAUAAGCAAAUUCGGACUAGAAGGGACACUUAUGAUAUAAGUAAUGAGGCAAAUGUGGAUAACGAUUUACCUGAUGACCAGCAAAUUUCUGUAAUGAUCCAUGGGAAAAAUUUCAGUACGCCACUUGGUCAGAACUAUUUGAAUCGAGAAUAUAAUUCUUAUAAUUUAUCUUAUUCGGUACCGAUAUCCAAAUAUAUGCCGGAUGAUUUUAUAAAUAUUAUAUUCAGAUUCAGUCAGUUAACAGAUAGAAAAAUCCACAAUUGUCCCAACGACGUCAAGUAUCACGAGUGUCCGUACAUUCCUCCUACCAUCUACAAUGACGAGGCCAAAAGAGCUCACAAAGUAGACCAGACCACGCCCAGUCACUAUGACCGAGGUCAUAGCGUGACAUUUGACGUGGACAUGGCCGAUUUCCAAUCCAAAGUCAUGACUUACAGAGCUGGAUUGAAUAGUUAUCAAGAGAAUCUCUGCAUUCUAUCUGACACCAAAUUAGGUGCGGAAUUCGUCGUCUACAAUUUCCAUUUUUACAGGGAUUGCGACGAGUGACACUGUUUUUUAUUUUAUGAGCGUUUGUAUGCUUAGAUCUCAAAAUUGUUCUUUUUUUUAUCAAAAAAUAAUACAUUGUAUUACAUAAGAAUUCAUUAUUUAAGCUUCUGAAUGCUGUAUAUAUAUAUAUAUUUUUUUGUUAUUAUUUUUAUUGUUUUCAAGUGCAAUGUUUUAUAUUUAUAGAAUCUCAACGUGUAAUGCAAAGUAUUUUGAAAUUAUGCCUUUGAUUGAUUCUUCUAUCAAAGAUCUUCUUCGGAGGAGGAAUACCUAUUUAUACAGUAUAUUUGAAGAUCUUGCAUGAAAAAAGACAUAAUUUUUAAACACUUUGUAUUUAUCAAUAUACAUUCCUUUUCCAUUUGGACCAAAUAUAAUUUGUAUUUAUGUAAUCAAAGAUACAUUAUUUUUGCAUGGUUAUCAUUUAAUUGAAUUGCAAUAGUUUUUAUUUUAGUGUUAUAUGUUAGUAAUGUGGUGUAAAAUGAAAAAUAAGCUCUUUGUCAUCAGAUUUGUAAAAGUGCUGUCAAAGAAAUCUCAACAAAUUCUUGAAUUUGGAACUUAAUUUUGAUCAAGAUCAAGAUUAUAUGCUUGUUAUGUCAAUAUCUGGGGUAUUUUCAGUCAAUAAUGAAGUCUCAAAUUCAUUAUAUUUACAAUAUUCCUCAUUACAUUCGAGAAAUUUGAUUUCUAGUGAGAAUCUCAGAUCAAAAUUGUAUCUGGUACAUUUUAAAAUACUCACAUUCCGUCCAAGAGUGCCUUUUGAUAUUUUUUUUUUCUAAAAUACUACACACUUUAAUCCACAUUGUAAUAAUUUGUAUUACAAAUAGAAGCAAUAAAUUUUAUUAUUAUAGUCAUUAUGGACCAUUUAUGCUAGGCCUUUAUGUGUGAAGAAGGUCUGAUUUUCAUUGUCACUCAUUGAGGCCUCUACUCUAAAAGCUCUAAAUUAGAUGUAGCUUGUGAGAAAAUAAUUUUUUAUAGUUAAGAUAUUGUAGAAAAAGAUAUUAUACAUUCCACUAUAAUUAUUAUUAUUAUUUUUGUUUUAAUAUAUUUUCAAAUUUUAUAUGUAUUUACUAUACUUUUUAUGGCACUUUGUUAGGAAAUCUAUAUAAUAGGUAUUAUUAUUCUUUUUAUUAGUUAUUUUAUUGUUUUUUUUUGUACUCUAUUGAAUGCCUCAAAAACAUUUUGAUGGUUUUAUUAUUUUUUUUAUUAAUUAUUGGCGGUUAUGGUCAUAUCAUGUAUGUUCACUUUAGGUGAUUUUUCUUCGCUUAAUCCUAGUCUCUAUAAUGUAAGUUAAAUGAACAAAAUAUUUAUAUUAGUAGAAUUUAAGAAAAUAUUUUAUUCAUGUUUCUAUGAUUCUAUAAAGAAAAAGUGCAACUUUUUUUAUUGAGUUGUAGAAACAUUUGCAAAUGAAUCAGGGCAUGUUUGUCUUGGUUCAAGAGCUAUAGAAAAAUCUAAAAAUUAUUAGUCUAAAAUAUUUCUAGUUUCAUAUUAAUAAUACUAGUUAUAAACUAGGGAAAAUAUAUUAAGGUUUGUUAGUGGUGACAGUUACAUAUUCAUCGUAUUGUUUUCUUUAUUAAACGAACAAGGAUGCUAAAGAAUCACUAACAAAUUUAAAUAUAUGUCCUUUAAUAUCUAGACAAAACUGCAAUACUAUUAUUUCUGUUUUUGUGAUUUGUGUAAAAUAAAAUAAAAAUUGUUUUCAAUAAUUA